AUGUUGUGCUUCAAUCUGAAAAUAGCCACCAUCUUCCGGGCGUACCGGGAAACGGAUCCUGUGCGCGAUCGGAGCCAAAGUUUGUUCACACCACCACCGAGGGCCCCGCACCGGGACAUCGGUGCACUGCGGGUCCUGCAGCGCCGUGCAUCGAGCGUGAUCACUUCCGCCACCGAACUCAUAUCGAGGAGAGGUGUCUUCUCCAGGCGGCACUAUGGAUCGGUGGACCAGCUGCCGCAGUCGGAAAUUGACGGACUCGAUCCCAACUGUCGUCGGUUUCGCCUAGAGAACGGAGAAUCGCUAGCCGAAAAGGAUGAGGUAUUCGGUUCACCCAGCAUACCCAUUCUCGAGAAUCCGGAACAUCAAACGCGAUGGUACUUCAAGUAUUUUCUCGGAAAGUUGCACCAGAACUACGUCGGCAUCGACUCGGAGAAGAAUCCAUACUUUCUGUCGAUCGUGUCGCAGGACUCGGGCAGCAAGUGUAUGCCGCUGUAUCGGGUCAUGCUGUUCCGGAAGCAGGGUGCACAAAAGCUGGCGCUGCCCUACAACCCUCAGCAGAAGCUGACGGUGAAGCAGAUCCUGUCCAACUUCACGCUCAUGGACGCGAACAAAUCACCGAAGGAAAUCUUCUCGGCCGACAUACAGAAGGACCUACUGCUGCUCGAGGAGCAGGAGGGCUCGGUGAACUUCAAAUUCGGGGUCGUUUACAUGAAGGCGGGCCAGAAGAUGGACGACGAGAUGCUGAGCAAUGAAACCGGAAGUGCGGAGUUUGACGAUUUCCUGGCCCUGCUGGGCGAAAGAAUACGCCUAAAAGAAUGGGAACGGUACCGCGGUGGGCUGGACGUUAAAGGAGACAUGACGGGAAAGUACUCGGUCUACACGCUGUACGAAGGACACGAAAUUAUGUUCCACGUAUCGACGCUGCUGCCCUUCAGCAGAGAUAAUCGGCAGCAGGUGGAGCGCAAGCGACAUAUCGGGAAUGACAUUGUCAACAUCAUCUUCAUCGACGAAGAAGCCGGGAGCGAGGAGACGACGGAGUUUAUUCCAAAUAACGUAAAGAGUCAAUUUACACAUGUUUUCGCCGUGGUGACGAGACGAGGGACACGCUACCGGCUGGCCGUGUACUGCGACGAGACGGUUCCCCCGUUCGGACCAACGUUACCCAACCCGCCCGAGUUCGAGGAUCCGGCCGUCUUCCGGGACUUUCUGCUGGUGAAGCUGAUCAACGGCGAGAAGGCCACCUUCCAGACGCCAACCUUCGCCCGGAAGCGUGAACGGACGCUCGAGAUGCUGAUCAAGGACUUGUACGAAGAGUACGUACACGACAAUAAAAUGAAUAUGCUUAACCGGAGGGCCUUCUCGGAGGUGCUGUAUGAUGUGCCGCGCACAUCAAAGCUGAAGGAAGACGCACGGCAGGUGGAGUUUGUGCGCAUCGGCCAGGCCCUGAAGCUGGAGGCGAUCGUGCGCGGGGACGCCCCGACGAGCAUAGCGUCGGCGGGCACGGUGUUCAAGCGGCCACCGUGGGAACCGCAGUGCUUCUAUCCGACGUUUCAGCCGCGGAAUGAUCUGGUCGGCGACAGCUGGGGUCAGGACCAGCUGUUUCUCGCCUCGGACGAGGGUACAUAUCUGAUCAAGGAGGACCAAACGCACCGGACCGUGUUCGACAAGACGCUCUGCGUGCGGCAGAUGAACGUGGUGGAAGACCACGGCAUCAUGCUGGUCCGGGGGGGCUCUGCGGUACAGAAGGACGGCCACCGGAUACACGUGUUCCGGUUGAACGAGUUCACGGACGAGCGGCUCGUGCAGCGUUCGCGGGUCGACGUGAAGGAGCGCCGGAUCGAGAAGACCCGCGGCUGUCACAUGUACGCGAUCUCGCGGGCCGGUGAAGCGCACCUUCGGAUGGCCGUGGCCGUCGGACGGAAGCUGCUCAUCUACCAGUGGAAGCACACGGCGGCCUGGACCUCGUGGUGCCCGAACAGCGACAAUGACACGGUCGAGGGGUUCCUGUUUCUGAAGGAGAUACACCUGCACGACUCGCCGACGAUCAUGACCAUUCUGGAGGGCUCGUGUCCGAAUGCGGGCCUGCUGAUCUGUGUCGGGUACCGGCACCACUUCGAGAUCGUUUCCGAGCUGAGCGGGCACGCCACGAAGCUCCACGAGACCGACACGCUGAAGCGUUCCCAGACCCACCUGGUGGCGGCCCUCGACCUGUACGAUGGGCAGGACACGGAGAUCCUACUGUGUUAUAACCAUACAUGCCACUUUCAGAAGCUGUCGGAGGAGUGCAACAACAGCACCGAGUUCGACUUCCAGUUCAAUACGCCACCGUCGUCGGUGGUAUGCGCCUUUCCGUACAUCAUCGCGUUCACGCCGGACACGAUGGAGAUCCGGUUGCUGGUGAACGGGAACCUGGUGCACACCGUGACGAUGGCCGAGCUGCAGCUGGUCACCUCGAAGAAGGACAUCUUCUUCGUCACUACCGCUCCCGAGUUCAUUCCCAAAGGUGCCAAACUGCGCGGUUUCGACGCGGAGGACCACGAGCAGAUGAGCAAGCCGCGGAUCGAGGAGAGUCGCGUGGCGCCCGGGGACGAUUCGUCCGGCGGGAGCCCUGGCCGCAGCCGGCUGAGCUCCGAUGAGGAUGCUUCCCCGUCGGCGACCGUGGCCGAAGCGGAUCCGAGUGAUGCCACCAAGGAGACAGCGGCCAGCGGAGCCAGCUCACUCGCAGCGCCACAGAUACAGCGGGCGAAAUCGUUGCAAAACCCCAAACCGGAAGCGGAUGUCGGUGGCGGUGGCAAGGCGAAAGAAGCGACCCUCUCCGUGGACGACCUGAAGCGUUCGAUGUCCAAGAGCAACUCGUACGGCGAGGCUGGUUCCUCGUUCUCCAUACCGACCACGACUUGCAGCAAGGACCUGGCGAAACACUUCGGUGCCCAGCCGCUACCGAACACGAAGGACCUGUGCCGGCACUUUGGCGAGGCUUCGGUGCCACCCAACUCGCCCCGCAACAGCACCAUCGUGAAGGGCACCUCGCCCAGCUCGCCGACGCGUAAGUCCUUCAUCCGGCAGCCAACGCUCAACCUGGGCAAAUCGGGCCCGGCCGACGGUGAAACAUCGCCCUCGAACGGCUCCAACAGUAAGCCCCUUCGGAUCUACCGGAUCCCGCUGACGAACCUCACCGGAACGCACGUCCAGUCGCACCACUACCACUACCCGAGCAACGAGCCAGGCAAGAAACCGACGGCCAUCGCGACGAAGAUGCACCCGAGCGCGGCCAUCGCGGCGGCCGUCGUCACGCGGCCCAGCGAGAGCGCCCAGGAACGGGUGCGGCAGCUGCAGUCCUCGAACGAAGAGGAUGAAGAAGGACUUUCGCCGGGUGAUGAUCCGGAUCCGAGCGCGACCGCAGCCGCAGGGGAUGCGACCGACGGUGGCGGCGGCACGCUGCCCGGGAUGAGCAUCUUCGACCAGAUCCAGCAGGAUCUGCAGGAGCUGAGCAUGAAGGACAAGCUCGAGCAGGACGAUCUGCGCAACUCCGUACUGACGCCCCUGUAA